AUGGAAAUUGUUACUGCACCUGUGAGUUCCAUUUCUGAGAUUAUUUUCAACCGUUUGUUUGAUGCAGCAGGCCGUCAGAUUGGUUACCUGCUCAACUACAAUGACAACAUCAAAGCAUUAGAAAAGCAAGCUCAGAAACUCAAGGCUGCUAGAGACAGCAUCCAAGUGAGAAUUGAUGCUGCUGAAAGAAACAGAGAAAUUAUCUUACCUGAUGUCCGAAAUUGGAUAUCAGAUGUUGGUAAAGUCAACGAAGAAGCUGAAAGGUUUUUAGACGAUGAAGGCAAUGCAAACAAGAUGUGCUUCAGAGGGUGGUGCAUCAACCUCAGAUUGCGUUACCGGUUCAGCAAGGUGGCAAAACAGAAGAUAGCAGAGAUCACUCAGCUCCAAGAACAUGGAAAAUUCCAAACUCUAUCUCAGCCUGCUCCUCGUCCUUCAGGCAUUAUCUCUCCAACUGUGGGAUUUUCUGGAAUUUUCAAAUCCAGAGAAUCAAUCAAGAAUGAAAUUAUGGAGGCCUUCAAAGAUGACAAGGUCAGCAUAAUUGGAAUAUGUGGGAUGGGGGGUGUGGGUAAGACCACACUAGUGAAACAAGUCGGCAUACUAGCCAAAGAGCAAAAGUUGUUUGAUUCAAUAGUUAUGGUCGUUGUGUCCCAAACCCCAAAUAUCAUGAAUAUUCAAAGAGAAAUUGCUCACACGCUGGAUCUGAAAUCAUUAUCUGAUUGUCCUGAAUCAACAAGAGCAAGUUCUCUAUGGGAGAGAAUUAAGAAGGAGAAACGAAUACUCAUAAUAUUGGAUGAUAUUUGGAGAAGAAUUCAAUUGGAGGAGAUUGGCAUUCCUUUUGGGAAGGACCAUGGAGGUUGUAAGAUCAUGCUUACCUCUCGAAGGAAAAAUGUAUGCGAUCAAAUGGAUUGUGACAAGACAUUUAUUGUUGGAACUUUGACAAAACAGGAGUCAUGGGCGCUAUUCAAGGAGCUUGUUGGCAUGGAUGUUGAAAAUUCUAAUCUGAGCUCAAUCGCAAGAGAAGUAACCGCUGAAUGUGAUGGUCUACCAAUUGCAAUUGUGACUUUAGCCAGGGCACUGAAGAACAGGGCCAUGUAUGUGUGGCGUGAUGCUUUACAACAACUUAAAAGGUCAACAUCAACAAAUGUUGAAGGAAUGCAUAAAAAUGUAAUUUCAUCAUUGAAGUGGAGUUACAAUUUUCUGGAAAGUGAGGAAAAAUCUGUCUUCUUAUUUUGCUCUGUAUUUCCUGAAGAUUUCGUAAUUCCUGUUGAAGUCUUAGUGAGAUACGGAACAGGAUUGAGAUGGUUCAAAGACUUGGGGACAAUUGAUGAUAUUAGAGUCAGAACACAUGCUAUUGUAAGUAACCUUAUCUCUUCUUUUUUAUUGAUUGGGGAAGAAUUUGGGGAAGAAUAUGGUGAGAAAUCUGUCAAAAUGCAUGAUGUAGUUCGUGAUGUUGCACAUAUCAUAGCACCCGAACACAACCAUACAUUCUUAGUAAAAGCUGGUAUUAGUUUGAAAGAGUGGCCAGAAAGAGAUACAUUUGAAGACCUCAUGUGUAUCUCAUUGAUGUUAAAUGAUAUUAAAGAAGUACCAAAUGCGAUAGAAUGCCCAAAGUUGCAGUCGUUACUACUGCAACGAAAUUCCAAAUUAGUUGUCCCUAACAAUUUCUUUCAAGGCAUGAAAAAUCUUGGAGUUCUAGAUUUAAGUGAAACUCAAUUAUCGCCAUUGCCUGAGUCACUUUCCUCUCUUGUAAACCUUAGAACUUUGUAUUUUAAUGGUUGCAAAUUGGGUGACUUAUCUAUAAUUGGAGAUCUAAGCAAACUAGAAAUUCUUAGCCUUUAUGGUUCUAAUGUUAGGGAGAUCCCUAUAUCGUUUAACCGAUUAACUCAUUUGAGACUAUUAGAUUUGAACUAUUGUAAUAAGUUGACACGAAUACCACCUAGUGUCAUAUCCUCUCUUUGUAAAUUAGAGGAGUUGUACGUUUUGGAAAGUUUUAGGCUUUGGGAUUUAGAAGGAGAUGGGGGAGAUUCGAGAAGCAAUGCGAAGCUUGCUGAGUUACAAUUCUUGUAUAGAAUAACUAGUUUGGAAAUUAUUAUCCCAAACCUGAAUUUCUUAAUUGAUAAUGAUGUGCCAUUCAAAAAUCUAUCAAGCUUUACAAUAAUAAUAGGUGCUCUAGAAAAUACUGAAAAAUGGAAUUUUAUGAGAUUUCCUGGCAAGUAUUCACGAAAAUUGAUGAUCUCAUAUAAUAAUGAGGUUUUGAUUUUAAGAUUACUUGAUUGUUUGAAGAAUUUGGUAAUUGAAAGAACAGAGUGUCUACAUAUUAUAGGUUUGGACAACAUCUUUCAUGACCUGGUAAAUAGAGGACUGAAUGAACUGAAGGGUUUAGCAGUGCUUAAUCAGAAGGUAAUAUUUCUUGUAAAUAUUUUGGAAUGUUCAUCAAAUUUAAGUUUCCACAACUUAGAGUUUCUACAAAUUAUUGGCAAUCCCAACUUGGUUGAAAUAUGCCAUGGUGAACCCUCAAUCCAGUCCUUCAAUAAGCUCAAAAAUUUGACUGUUGAUGGGUGCGACGGGUUGUUGAAUAUUGUUCCAAGUAAUUUGUUAUGGAACUUUCAAAGUCUUGAAUAUUUGAGAGUAACUCAUUGUAAUUCAAUGGCAUAUAUAUUUGAUUGUAAAGAGGCUAAGGUGGUAGAUGGAGAAACAAAGAUGCUCUCGUCAUUAAAGAUUCUAGAUUUGGAUGAUCUAGCAAAUAUGACACAUAUAUGGAUGGGUGACACUCAAUUCAUAAACCUAUGCAACUUGAAGAGAUUGGAUUUGUAUAAAUGCCCGAAGUUAAUUAAGUUGUUUUCACGAGCUUUAUUGCAAAGUCUUGUUUGUUUGGAAAUUAUGAGCAUACACUAUUGUGACAAUUUAGAGGAGAUUUUCAUAAUGAAAGAAGAAGAGGAUUUAAUACCACCAAAGAAAGAUCUCACCACAACCUUAUCAAGUUUGGGAAACUUAAGUUCAAUACAUAUAUCUUAUUGCUCCAAAUUGAAAAAACUAUUCACCCCUUCUAUAGUCAAAAGCCUAGUAAAGCUUAGAGGCCUUACAAUAGUUGAAUGCUCAACACUGGAAGAAAUAAUCACAAAUGAGGAAGCAUCAUCAUCAUCAAUAGAAAGGAUUGUGUUUCCUAGUUUGUUCCGUUUGGGCCUUAGAUGGCUAAACAACCUUGGUUGUUUUAGCUCAGGUUCAUAUUCAAUUGAAUUUCCAAUUUUGGAGACACUUGAUAUCAAUAAAUGUCUCAGUAUGAAGAUCUUUGGUUAUGGAGAACAACUAACACCAAAGCUCAAAAAAGUUAAGCUUAACUCCACAUAUAAAGAACUAUGGAUGGAUAACCUUAACUCUACAAUCCAACAAUUGUUCAAAGAACAACAGGUGGGCAAAUUCAGUGUGGCAAGGUGGCAUGCCGAUGUAUACUUACCAGAGGAGGCACAUUUCAUACGCUCGUUUAUUCUGGAAGAAAUAAACAUGAAUGAGAAAGGAGAAAAGGCUGCUGCUUGCAUCAGCAGAGAAGAUGGUGUUCCUAGCUUAACUGAGCUGAAACAUGCUUUGUUUGAGCCGGGGGCAGAUGCAAUAUUAGCAGCCUUACCUUCAGCAACCGUUAUGUCUUCCUCAAGGGACAUCUCCGAUGACGAUGACAAUAAAUUUGUCAGAUCUCGUUUGAGAAUUCAUGAUGGUGCUACUGUCUUCGGACGGUGUGAUAAUUUUCCUUUCUAUGGCAUUAGUUUGGCUUUAUUCAAAAGUAGUAUAUUGAGCAGGGGAUGA